AUGAAACUGAGGAAUAUUGCCAAACAUUUCUUGAGGUUUGAAGUUGGGAGUGGGAAAAAUAUCCAUUUGUGGUUGGAUUGGUGGCAUCCAGUAGGGAUCUUGAUUGAACAUUAUGGUUUCAUAGCUGUUUAUGAUGCUCAUAGUAAUAUUGAAGCAAGGCUUUCUUCUAUUAUUUGUAAUAGGGAUUGGCUUUGGAGACUAGCUAGAUUUGAAGCUCUUGUUGAGAUACAAGCUAGACUUCCUAAAGUAGGAUUGGGGAUUUGUGAUAAACCAGUUUGGACUGGUUCUAAAAAGAGUGUUUAUGUCAGCUCAGAUACUUGGGAUGUUCUUAGAGAGAAGAGGGAGAAGUCUCUUUGGUGGAAGAUGGUAUGGUUUCCACUUGCCAUUCCUAAGCAAGCUUUUAUCAUGUGGCUUGCUAUGAAAGAUAGGCUUCUUUCAGGGGAAAGAUUGCUUAAAUGGGGCUAUAAGGGUGAGGUGCAAUGUAGUUUCUGCCAUAGCCAAUUGGAGACUCGAAAUCAUCUCUUUUUUGAAUGCAACUUUAGUUCCAGAAUAUGGAAUUUCUACAUGCUCAGAUGUAGAAUUGAGUAG